AUGAAGCGGAAGGAGCAAGGAAGUAAAGGUGAUGAAGCUUCGCAAGGUCAAGCGUUCAUCACAAGGGACAAUCAGCGCAAAGGGCGACCAGUGAAGAAGUCCUGGCCGUGCCACAAUUGCGGAAAGAUUGGUCACUGGAUGGCGGAGUGUCCCUCGCGCAUCCAAGAAAACACGGAGAGACACCGGCCACAGCGUGCUCAAGACAGCGGCGACCGCUAUCGAUCACAACGUGCAAACGUCGCUCAAGAAGAAUACUCGGGCGACUACCUCUUUUCGAUCGGUGAAACGACAUCUGCGAAAUCGAGCGACAUCUGGCUGGUCGACUCCGGGGCGACGCAGCACAUGACGUGCUCCAAGAAGUUCAUGCGGAACUACAAGGGGUUUGACGCUGUGGAUGUCCAUCUCGCGGAUGACGGAAUCGUCCAAGCAAUCGGCAGUGGGGACAUUGUCAUGUCGAUGAAGACACCCCAAGGGAUGAAGAAAGGUGUGCUCACAAACGUGUGGCACAUCCCAAAGUUAUCCAGAAACCUGUUCUCGGUCGGCCGCUUCACCAAGGAUGUCGGCCCAGUGACGUUCACGAAGGAUGGGUGCUAUGGAGAAGCGAAAGGGACCAAGUGGAAAAUUGGUGCCCGUGAAGGUAAAGAACUGUUGCUGCAAAUGACUCCAGUGGCGCCGGAACAAGCAAAUGCAGCCAAGUCGUCGGGAUGUCAAGGGGGCACCAAGUCGUACCUCUGGCACCUUCGGCUUGGCCACAUAGGUCACGAUGGACUCAAUUGCAUCGUGACGAAGAACAUUGGAAUUGGCAUCGACAUAUCUUCGGUGAAGAAGUGGGACGUGUGUGAAGGUUGUGCUCUGGGAAAACAGACUCGAGUGCGCUUCCAAUCAAACACUACAGCUCGCACCUCCAAACUCCUCGAAGUGAUUCACAGCGACGUAUGCGGACCGAUGUCGAUGGCAACUUUCAGUGGAAAACGGUACUUCGUGACAUUCAUUGAUGACAAGUCAAGAUACUGUGUCGUCUAUCUGCUCAAGAGCAAAUCUGAAGUUGCGGCGAAGUUCAUAGAAUACGCUGCGAUGGCCGAAACGCAAACCGGAAAGCGCGUGAAGUACCUUCAAAGCGACAAUGGGGGUGAAUACAAGUCCGACAAGCUGGCACGAUUCUGCGCGGAACGGGGAAUACAACAAAGGUUCACACCCCCAUAUACUCCUCAGCUAAACGGAGUAGCUGAGAGAAUGAAUCGCACGCUGGUCGAGUGUGCGCGUUGCAUGAUGGAACACGCUGGACUGGGAAAGAGCUACUGGGGUGAAGCAGUGAUGACGGCGAUGUUUCUUCGAAACCGCUGUCCAACACGUGCCAUUCACCAAGACAAGUCUCCAUAUCAAGUGUGGACGAUGAAGAAACCGAUUCUGGCCAACCUUAAAGUGUUUGGAUGCCACGCGUAUGUUCAAGUGCCUCAAGACAAACGCGCGAAGUUCGACUCCAAGUCAUCACUCUGUCGUUUCCUGGGAUACGCCGAACACCAGAAGUCAUAUCGAUUUGAGGAAGUGUCAACAGGAGCGAUCAAGAUCAGUCGCGAUGCCACAUUCAUGGAAGACAAGUUUGAUGAAGGUCCGCGCAACUACAACGAUGAGUCAAGUGUCGUUGAGUUUGAUGAUCAUGAUGAGGACGAAGAAAAAGAAGAAGGUAAAACUGACGACGACAUGGACUCGAGCGACGAUGACAACGAAGACACCAGGUCUUCGAAGAGCAACAUCAAGAGACACACGCGCACUCAAUCACUUGAGAAAGCUACCGUCAUUCCAAGUCCCAAGCGAAGAACAUACAGAGGUCCGUCGCUUGAGCAUGUGUCAGCGGCUGCAAUGGAUUUUGAAGCUGAUGAACUUUAG